AUGCGGUGCAGACUGGCUGUGAAGGAACGGUUUCGAGAUGAGAAGGACAAAUACGACGAGUUCCUUGAUGUCAUGAAGAACUUCAAAGCACAGCUGAUCGACACAGCAGGAGUGAUAGCGCGCGUGAAAGAGCUCUUUGUGGGGCACAGGCAGCUUAUUCUCGGCUUCAACACUUUUCUGCCCAAGGGCUACGAAAUCACCCUUCCACCCGAGCCCACAACUCCAGUCCCCGCCCCCGCGCCUGCACCUCCGCCCCAGCCUCGGUCCGCGCCUCCUGCGGUGGCUCGGCCGCCCAUCACCCCAUCCGGACCUGCAGGACCCAUGUCGGCCCGCUUUGCGGACGACGAGUCGGUGUACAAGAGCUUUCUGGAGAUCCUCAACAUGUACCGCAAGGGCAACAACAACAUCGGAGACGUCUAUAAGGAGGUGGCCACACUAUUCAAAGAUCACUCAGACCUGCUAGAAGAGUUCACCUUCUUCCUGCCGGACUCUGCUGCCAGUCACCUACCCCAGUGGCGCGGGGCUCACCCAGCAGCGGGUUUAGCCGGGGGAUUGCAGCAGGCUGGGGAGGAGGGCGCUCACAGAAAACAGCCUCUGAUGCUGGACCUGCAGAAACCCCCGAGGGAGGCAGAGAUGCAUCUAGAGGAGAAACGGGUUGGGCUGGUGCCGUCACAGCUGCAGCAGCCGCAGCCGAUGCAGGUGGAUGGGGCUGGGAAGGAGGGGCAUGGGGAGUGGGGGCAGCAGCAGCAGGAGGAGCGGGAGGGAGGGGCGCAUGCGGUGGUGCAGCCGCCGCAGCAGGCGCAGCAGGGGCCGAAGCGGAAGGGGCGGAAGGGGGAGGAGGGGGGGAAGAAGAAGGAGCCUGGGGGAGCGGCGGUGGAGGGUGCAGGAGUGGACGACAGGAAAGGGAGCAGGGCAACUUUUGAGUCCCACCCCCCUUCCCUUCCACCCCUUCUCCUUCUUUCCUCCCAUGCAGCCCUGGGCAUGCACAGGGAGUUGGCGUUUUUCGAGCGGGUGAAGGCCCGGGUUCGCAGCAGGGAGGUGUAUCAGGAGUUCCUCAAGUGCCUCAACAUCUUCUCCCAGGAGAUCAUCGCCCGCGCCGAGUUGCAGAGCCUUGUGGGGGACAUUCUCGCCAAACACCCCGACCUGGUGGAAGGAUUCAAUGAACCCGAGUUGCAGAGCCUUGUGGGGGACAUCCUCGCCAAGCACCCCGACCCCGUCGAGGGAUUCAACGAGUUCCUUGCACGAUGCGAGAACCUAGUGCAGUAUAAGUCCAUCUGUGAAAUGGACCUGUCUGCUGCUGAGCGCUGCUCCCCAAGCUACCGCCUCCUCCCAAAAUCGCAAAUGCGCCCCGUGUCAUGUCACCGCACGGAGCUGGGGAUGAAGGUGCUGAACGAUGUGUGGGUGUCUGUGACGUCAGGCAGUGAGGACUACUCCUUCACGCACAUGCGCAAGAACCAGUACGAGGAGUCGCUCUUCCGCUGCGAGGACGACCGUUUCGAGCUGGAUAUGCUGCUGGAGUCCACGGCAGUUACAGCGCGGCGAGUGCAGGAGGUGAUCGAUCGCAUGCACGGCAUGACGGACGCUGAGAGGAGCGGCUUUAGAGUAGAGGAGAACCUCACAGCCAUCAACAUGCGGUGCAUCGAGCGCAUAUACGGCGACCAUGGUUUAGACAUUCAAGAGCUGGUGAAAAGGACGCCGGCGGUGGCGCUGCCGGUGGUGCUGCAGCGGCUGAAGCAGAAGCAGGAGGAGUGGGUGCGGUGCCGUGUGGAGAUGAACCGCGUGUGGGCGGACGUGUAUGCCAAGAACUACGCCAAGUCGCUCGACCACCGCAGCUUCUACUUCAAGCAGCAGGACAAGAAGAGCCUCAGCAUGAAAGGUCUGCUGUCUGAGAUUCGGGAGCUGAACGAGCAGAAGCACAAGCAGGACGAGGUGGUCGCGGCACUAGCUGUUCCCACACGCCGCCCGCUCAUCCCUGACGUGCGGAUGGCAUACAACGAUGCCGCCAUCCACGAGGAUCUCCACGAAAUCAUUAAAUUCUCAACAGAGGAAGUGUGCAACUCGCCCGAGCAGUCAGCUAGGGUUAUGAAACUGUGGACGGGUUUUAUUGAAAUGUUUUUGAACGUGCCCGCGGUCUGGUCAAAAGUUGUCGCGGAGGAGAAAGCUGCCCGGGAUGCGGAGAUUGCUGCCCGAGAAGCUGCAAGGGCUGCCCGGGGUGGGACGGGGGGAGGGCGUGAGGGGGAGGGGAAUGGAGAGGCUGGUGGGGGAGAGGGGGAGGGGGAGGGGAGGGAGAAGAGUAGAGAUAAAGGGAGAGGGGAGGAGAGGAAGCGGGAGAGACAAGGUGGGGAGGCAGAGGGGCAGAGGAAGAGAGGGAGGCAUGAGGGUGAGGGUGAUGGGGCGGGUGGUGCUAGUGAGGGACAGAGACCAGGGGGUAGGGAGGCAGGAGCACAGGCGGAGGCAGGGGCGAGCAGAGUGAUGUAUGGCAACGACAGCAUGUACAUGCUGUUCCGAUUACACCAUACACUGUACGAGCGCAUUCUGAGUGCCAAGGUGAAUGCGCGGGCAUCAGAGGAGAAGUACCGUGCACUCAACCACUCCGACCCGCCCGACCUCUACGCCAAGUUCCUAGAAGUAUUAUACAACCUGCUGGACGGGCAGAUAGACAACACGCGGUUUGAGGACGAGUGCCGUGCCGCCAUCGGCACCCAGUCCUACGUGCUAUUCACCAUUGACAAGCUCAUCUACCGCCUCGUCAAGCAGGCGUGUGCGGGGGACGAGGUGGGGGCGAAGCUACAGCAGCUGCACGACUACGAGGUGGCCAAGGGGGCGCGCGGCUACGUGGACCUCGUUUACCAGGCCAACGCGUGUGCUCUCAUGCAUGACGACUCUCUGUACCGGAUCGAGCUGCUGGCGCAGCAACCAGGUGAGGGCGAGAUGACUGUCCAGCUGAUGGAAGGGGGGCCGGAGAAGGUGGAGGUGCCGGCAGCAGCCAUGGAGUCCGCCUUCCUGCACUACCUCUGGCACUUCCUGCACUCGCCGCCCUCGCAUGCACCAUCCCGCGGCCAUGUCUUCCUUGCCAGGAACGUGAGAAAGGCAUCAUCAUCGUCAUCAUCCUCUGCAGCAGCAGGGAAGAGGGGCCGCAGCAAGGAGGACGAGGAGAGGGCUGCGCUGGAGAGUGUGCUUAUAGUGAAUGGCCUCGAGUGCAAGCUCUCCUGUGUCACCUCCAAGGUGUCCUAUGUCCUGGAUACGGAGGAUUAUCUUUUCCGCCACAAGAAGCACCGCCGCCCCAAGAGUGCCAGGGCACAGGGGACAGCUGGCACGCAGGGAUUGGCCGAGCGCUCGCACCGAGCAGCCAGGCGCUUGGGCGAAUAUAGCUCUCCUUACUGCUGCUCUUAUGCGAGCAUCAGGCUAGCUGGGUUGAGGCGCGACCCGGAGGGGUACCGCGAGGAGUUCGAGCGGCAGCACCGGCACUACCGCGCGCUGCUCGCCGUGUUCUCGUUAAAGCCCCACGCGGAGAGCAAGGAGUUCGGCGACCUAGUCAUGUUCCUCGCGCAGCUCGCACCCUUCUACCGCAGCGCCAUGGGCGGGUUCCCAGGCGAGGUGAUGGGGCUGCUGCAGUCCCACGUGGACGUGCUUCACCCAAUGCUGCGCCGCCAGCUGGCGCACGCGCUCAUCCUCCUGCGCAACCGCCAGCUCCUGGGUCCCACAGACCUCAUUCCGCACUUCUUCCGUCUCUUCCGCUGCCCCGACAAAGCCCUGCGCAAGCUGGUGUUCUCACACAUCGUGAAUGACAUUCGCCGGCUGAAUCAGAAGCACCGCCACGAGGGCGUCAACAGACCCAUCCAGAACAUGCUCUUCUCGCUCGUGCAGGAGGAAAACGAGAUGGCAGCAAAGAAAUCCCUUGCAGUGUUGAUCGAGCUGUACCGGCGGAAAGUGUGGACGGAUGCGCGCACAGUCAAUGUCAUUGCGACAGCGUGCCUGCACCCGUGCACGCGCAUCAUGGUGGGCGCUCUCAAGUUCUUCCUGGGGGCGGACCGGCAGGGCGAGGGGGAGGAGGAGGAGGAGGAGGAGGAGGACGAGGAGGAGAAGAAGAAUAGGAGCAAGGAGAAUGCUGCUCUUGCACUUGACAGGAAGACUGUUUACACGGCGUACCACAAGGGAACGCCAGCCAGCAAGCGCAAGAAGCAGGCGAAGCUGAAGCGAGUGAUGAAGGGACUGCGGAAGCAGCAGCGGGCCGUGAUGGGUGGAGGUGGGGAGAGCAUGGGGGAAGGCGACGGGAACAUGCACUUUGCUGCUUUGCACUUACUGCAUGACCCGCAGGGCUUUGCCGAGAAGCUAUUUAGCCGCGUGUCCAAAUGCAACGAGAAGUUUGAGGUGAAGCUGCUGAUGCUGAACGUGGUAUCGCGGGUCAUAGGCACACACCGAUUGCUCCUCCUCAACUUCUACCCCUUCCUGCAGCGCUACCUCAUGCCGCACCAGAGGGACGUGACGCACCUGCUUGCCAUCGCCGUGCAGGCCUGCCACGAUCUAGUCCCCCCAGACGCAGUGGAGAGCAUGGUGAAGCAGAUAGUGAACCUCUUCGUGCACGACCGGGCAAGACCCGAGGUCAUAGCUGUGGGGCUCAAUGCGGUGAGGGAGGUGUGUGCGCGCAUGCCCCUGGUGAUGGGGGAGGAGUUGUUACAAGACCUGGCCAUGUACAAGAAAGCACGGGAAAAGGCCGUUGCUGCUGCUGCAAGAUCGAUCAUUUCACUGUUCCGAGAGGUGAAUCCGUUGCUGCUGCAGCGGAAGGACCGGGGCAAGCCAGGUAAGGCAGGGGAAGCAGUGCAGCCAGUGGCGUUUGGCCACGUGGCAGUGUCUGAUCACGUGCCUGGGAUUGAACUGCUUGGGAUUCCGGAAGAGGAGGGUGAUGGGGAGGAGGGGAGUGAGGAGGGGAGCGAGGGGGAGAGUGAGGGGGAGAGUGAGGGGGAGGGAGGUGAGGAGAGUGAUGAGGAAGGGGAGGGGAGUGAGGAGGAGUUGGAGGAGGGAGAGGAAGGGGAGGAGGUGGAAGGGGAUAGUGAUGAGGAGGGGAGUUCAGGGAGUGAAGAGGUGGAGAGUGAGGGAGAAGAGGAAGAGGAGGAAGAGGAGGAAGAGGAGGAGGAGAGAAGGAGGAGGAGAUGGAGCAAGAUAGUGGAAGGUGCUAGUCUGAGGCAGCUGAAACGGCUGGCAGCGCAAGGGGACGGGAAGGGCGGAGAGGAAGGCGGGGGAGCGAAAGCAGGGGAGAAGGGGGAAGGGGAGAAGGAGGAAGAGGAGAAGGAUGGGUUCCUGUCAACGGAGGAUUUCAGGAAGAUCAGAAGGAUGCAGGCGAAGCAAGCUGCUGAGUCGAUGCUGCGACGCAAAGGCAUGAAGAAGGCGGCUAAUGCUCUCGCUCACUCGCAUGCCCAUCGUGCUCACUCGCUGGCUGACCGCCGAGUGGACCCUUCAGACCUGGAGGUGCACAUAAAGGCACGGAGGGACAAGGAGGAGCGCAUGGCAGCAGUAAUGGCGGGCAGAGAGGAUCGCAGCUUCUUUGCCAAGUCGGCGCUCAAGCAGCAGAAGGUGGGAGGGUUGUCCAACAGGGAGAAGGAGAAGCGCAAGGCAGCACCGAUGGCAGCACAGCGAAUGAAGCUCAAGAGGCGCACGCAGGGCAAGCGGCGCAAGAGUGGGAAGAAUUUCCAGGGGAAGAAGGCCUGGAAGACGUGA